CUCACUCUCUCUGUCUCUCUCAAAAUAAAUAAAUAAAAACUUAAAAAAAUUUUUUUACCAGUUUUGGAGUGUGCUUUCUUUGAGCAUAUUAUAGGCGUCUGCUAAUUUACUAUAUAUAGUGAAAUGAAUAAAUCUGUUUUCAUGGAGGAAAGAAUCGAUCGGUGAAAUAUUUAGGCAGGCAGCCCUUAAGAAAUAGUAUAAUAGGGCUCAACUGUGAGGGGGCUGUGCUGGGUCUGCUGGGUCCGUCCUCCUCACCCCCAAUUUCAGGUGUCUGGGCAGACAGACGUGUGUGGGGUGAGAGGCUCAGGAUUGGGGAAGGCUGGAUGCUGUGUCCAGGCUCUGACAUGUUUUUAAAAGAUACUGCUCCCUUGUGUAGCAUCGGUCUGCUCUUCACAGCCUUUCUCCCGAGGGAACUGAUGAGUGGUUUUCUUGGAUCUUCUAGGUUUCCCUUGCGAAGCCUGGUGUCCGCCCUUCUCCUAGUGGGCAUCUUCUUCUGUGCUGUGAGGAGGGGGCCCUGGGGGCUGGGCGUGGCAGGCAAGGACAGGGGCCGCCUCUUCAGUGCUGGGGAGACACCUGCCAGGGUCUUAAAGUACAGUGUCAACGUGUGGUUUGCGGAUGUAGCUGGUUGUGAAGAGGCCAGGCUGGAGAUGAUGGAGUUCGUGAAUUUCCUGAAGAAUCCCAAGCAGUGUCAGGACUUAGGAGCCCAAAUUCCAAAGGGAGCCAUGCCCACUGGUCUCCUGGCACUGGAGCUGCUUCUUGCCACAGCCACUGCGGGGAAGGCCAGUGUGCCUUUCAUCACCGUGAAUGGGUCAGAGUUCCUGGAAACAUUUGUCGGCAUUGGGCCAGCAAGGGAUGGACGCUCGCGGCGCUCCCUUUGGGCUGGGUGGGUGCUCCCUUUGGGCCGUCACGGUGCUCACUCACAGGCCCGGCAACUUGACAUGGAGGCCUUGAGAGGAAGACACAGGUCCUGCAGCCCAGCGAGAAGGCGACCGUGCCGGACCGUGGCCCACCACGAGGCUGGGUGUGCAGCGAUUGUGCAGUUUGGGAUGACCGAAAAGCCGCACCACGUGUCCUUCGACUUGCCCCGACAAGGCGAGAUGCUGGUGGAGACGGCUAGUGAGGCCGCCGCCCAGCUCACUGAGGAGGAGGUGCGGUCUGUCGGCUCCGCCUGUGAGCAGGCCCCGGCCCCGCUGACCGGCUGCUGAGAGCCGGUGGAAGAGGCGGGCAAGCGGCUGCUGGAGAAGGGCAGACACGGUGAGUUGCUGGGGCGCCGGCCCUUUGCGGAGAAGCCCGCCUGCAAGGAGUUUGUGAAAGGCACCAGCAGCCUGGAGGAGGACGCCUCCCUUCCUGAGGGGCUGACGGCCUGGAACCAGGGGCGGGAGGAGGGGGCUGCAAAGCGCUGCGUGCAAGAGAGCCCAGCUUAGCAACCCUGGCUUUGAAAGCUGCUGCCACAAUCACCGGCAAACACCUUAAAACCUGAGCUCACCGUGUCAUGAAGUCUCCACUAAACUCAGCCUUCAUUAGCUGAGCUAAUGGGACCCUCUGACAGAGGUGGGAGGUGCUCUCCUCAACCCCGUGAAAGCCCCAUGAUGUCCAGGACCUGGACGUUGGUCCAUUUUGGGGCUUGGUGCAGCCUCCUCAGGCUCACACCCCCAGCACACGCCCAACCUGCUGGCUGCCUCCUCGUGACCAGUCGCUGCUCUGGGAACCUGCCUGGGCUCAGAAGACUUGCCGGGGAGCUACCUCGGGCCUCUUCUGGCCUGGGCGUGUGCGUGUGCAUGCGUAGGAGGGGAUCUUCACUUCCUAAGGACUAGAAAUCCAGGGCACUUGUCCCUGACACGUGACCCAUAUAAGCAGCCCAGAGUACAGCACCGAGGAACCCCCAGUGGCUUCAGCUGGAGAAGGCCCAGCGCAGUUUUGCUGCUAGGGCAGCUCCUGUACCCUCGACACGCUCUUCUGAGCUCUGGUGUCACCUAGAAAGGAAGAGACACCGGUUGGGCCUUGGGAAGAGGUGAGAUUUUAAUCCCAAUGUUUGUAAAUAAACUCUGCGGAAGCCAUA